GGCGGAGAAAAGCGGCCCAAGCCCAGAACGCAGCCAUCAGCCACAGAGCAGGCAGGGUAGUCAGAGAUCAUGGGGGAGAGCACGCUGGAGUCCGGGCCUGUGCCCGGGGCGCCGGCUGGGGGCCCAGUGCACGCCGUCACCGUGGUGACCUUGCUGGAGAAACUGGCCACCAUGCUGGAGGCGCUGCGGGAGAGGCAGGGUGGCCUGGCGGGCUCGGUGCGCCGCAUCCAGAGUGGCCUGGGCGCACUUAGUCGCAGCCACGACACCACCAGCAACACACUGGCGCAGCUGCUGGCCAAGGCGGAGCGCGUGGGCUCUCAUGCCGACGCAGCCCAAGAGCGGGCGCUGCGCCGCGCUGCUCAGGUACAGCGGCUGGAGGCCAACCACGGGCUGCUGGUGGCGCGCGGGAAGCUGCACGUCCUGCUCUUCAAGGAGGAGACUGAAAUCCCAGCCCGCGCCUUCCAGAAAGCACCAGAGCUCUUGGGCCCUGAGGACCAGUCGGUGCUGGGCCCAGAGCAGCCAGAGGAUCAAGUCGGAGAGAGUUCCGACGAGGAUCCAGUGGAGUCCCGGGCUCAGAGGCUGCGACGCACCGGCUUGCAGAAGGUACAAAGCCUAAGAAGGGCCUUUUCCAGCCGUAAAGGUCCUGAAGCAGCACAGCCCAUACCAGUCAAGCCGCCACGCCUAGGGCCUGUCCGGAUCUCUGAAGGCCCACCAGAUGGCCAGCCUGCAGCUCAGCCAGCUGCGCUGGAGUCCUCAGUAGAGUCUGCUCUGGAGCCAGAACCUCCUCAGGCUACCAAUGAAGAUUCUGGGAGGCCUGCACUUCAAAUAGAGAGUGCAGCCUGAUCACUGGAGCUGCCUACCCCACUUGGUGCUUAUGCAUUGUCCUAAAAUAAAUCCUUAAAGCAUGCAGCACUUACACCCAAAUAAGGAGAAAACCCUGAAUCCACUGCCCAGUUCCCAUCCUCCCUUCCUGGCCUUCUAGUCUGGUAACCUGUAUCCUCUGAAAGAGGAACAUUCGGCCUAAUUUAGGCUCACCAGCAAUAAAAAUAAUUUCAUCCAA